GGUUAUACGAGAUUCCAGCUUGGGCUCGAGUCGAGAAUCCUGUGUCUUCAUUUACUUAAUUGUGGUACGCCUUUGGUCGUUGGGGCACCAGCUCAAACCAUGUCUGGUGAUACUGAUGGAAUGAUAUCAAUAAAAAAUUUCGAACACUUCAGGACCCAUUAAACUAGUACUUUGUUCGUCGAUAUAAACUCAGCGAUGGAGAAGAAAACGACAGCGCCGUACGGAACAUGGUCUUCUCCGAUAACUGAAGAUGCUAUCACGGCGAAUACCAUCAACAUAUCUGAUGUUAUUGUUGAUCCAAUACAACACGUGGUGUAUCACCUAGAGAACAGACCCUCUGAAAAAGGCCGCAUCGUAGUCGUCAAUACGCACCUUGGCGGCAAAGGGGAUGUUUUCGGUGAAGGUUUCAACGCGAGGACUGGUGUCAACGAAUAUGGAGGCGCUGCUGCUAUUGCAUACGAUGGCACCAUUUAUUUCUCCAAUUGGGAUGAUUCGAGAGUAUACCGCGUCAAUAAACUUACAGGCCUAGCGCCUGAAGCGAUCACUCCAGAAAACAAAUAUCACAAAUACGCUAACUUUGCAGUUCAUCCUAAGCAUCCCAAUCUGAUUGUAGCGAUCUUUGAAAAUCACAAGGAUCAUUCUGGGCAAGAUAACCCCCGAGAAACUGACAACUUCCUUUAUGUCAUCAAUACGGAGACUAAGCAAACAUAUCCUUUAGUGACUGGUGCAACCUUCUAUGCUUCACCUGUCUUUUCUCCUGAUGGGACCAAGAUCGCGUGGCAGGAAUGGUAUCACCCUGAUAUGUCUUGGGAAGGAUCUCUUAUCUAUGUCGCCGAUGUUGCUCCUAGCGGAGAGAGUCUCGUUAUCAGCAAUGCUGUCGUUGUAGCAGGAGAAAAAGCCCACGUCAGCGUUUCCUACCCACUAUGGGCCAACAAUAACACCCUUGUAUUCACCAGCGACAAGGACUCUGGUUAUCAAAACCCAUGGAAAUAUUCUACAGUAACGAAGAUUGCAAAGUUGGCACUAUCUGCUCCGGUCCAGGAGGACUUUGGUGGACCGGCUUGGCUGCUUGGCGCGUAUCCGUACGCUUUCCUCGACCACACGGGAUCCACUGCACUGUUCACGGCAUUUCGAGAUGGUCGUAACGUACUCUAUGUUGUUGAUCUCCAAAGCGAGAAGAAACCAGCAGAAGUUUCCAUCCAGUCUUCCCAUUUUGCAGUGAUCACUAACAUCCGUCAGACUUUCGGUGGUGCUGUGUUUGUUGGGCAGAAGAGUGACGAAGCUGGAGGUGUGAUCUUGUGCACUAUCACUGAUUCUGCGGCUGGACCAUCAGCCCAGUGUGUUACACUCAAGUCUACCGGAUCCGUAGCCCCAGCUUUUCCCCCAGGGAUCAUUUCUCCGCCACAGCCAUUCACGUUGCCAAGAGGUGACCAACCGAUUCAUGUUAUAUACUAUGGUCCAAAGAAUCCAGACUAUAUCGCACCAAAGGAUGAAAAACCUCCUUGUAUCGUCAAUAUCCACGGGGGACCUACUGGGAUAGAAACGCAAGCACUCAGCUCGGCGAAACAAUACUUCACAAGUCGUGGGUAUGCAUGGCUUGACGUUAACUAUGGUGGUUCGUCUGGCUAUGGCCGAAAGUACAUCGAACGACUUGCAACGAUGUGGGGAAUUGUCGAUAUUCAGGAUUGCAUUGAUGCUGUCAAAAUUCUAGCUGCAACCCACGAGAAUUCUAUCGAUGUGAACCGUGUUGCCGUGCGAGGUGGCUCUUCAGGCGGUUAUGCCGUUCUGGCCGCCAUGUCCAUCGCCCAGGAUGUCACCUUCUUUGCAGCUGGCACGUCGAAUUUUGGUAUUUCCAACCUAAAGCAACUUGCUAAAUUCACCGACAAGAUGGAGUUACAUUACAUGGAGAAACUCCUCGGAGGGACUGUGGACGAAAUUCCAGAGAUAUACGAAGCUAGAUCACCGUACUUCCAUGCUGAAAAAAUCAAGAAACCUUUGUUGAUUUUGCAAGGUUCUGAGGACAAGAUUGUCCCUCCAGACCAGUCUAAGGAUAUAGUGAAAAAGAUACAGGAAACUGGAGGCGCAGAUCGCGUCGAAUACCACGAGUUCGCAGGAGAGGGACAUGGAUGGCGCCAGGCUGAAAAUAUGAAGCAAGCGUUGAUUUACGAGCGUGUGUGGUACGAAAACAGGGUCCUACCUGCGUCGAAAAAUGAGUAGUCGAGAUGGGCGUUGAUGCUGAAAGAAGUUGGGCUAUGAAAUUGUGUGAUAGUGGCGCAAGACUUGCAAAGAUCAGCGGGUUUUGCGUUUUGUUUUGUUUAUAUUGGACAAGCUUGGCUUAGUGUAGUAUGAAAAAAGUUGUGCAAUAUGUGUAUAGUAGACUUGAUAUGGCGCAACUUCAAGCCGCAGUUUGUAGACUGGGAGAGAA